AUGUCGCGGCCUGAGGACUUGGCGCCGCCAGAGGUGUUCUACAACGAUGGGGAGUCGCAGAAGUACACGUCUUCCACGAGAGUGCAGCACAUCCAGGCGAAGAUGACGCUGCGGGCGCUGGAACUGCUGAACGUCCCGCCCUGCUCGUUCAUCCUGGACGUCGGGUGCGGUUCCGGGCUGAGCGGCGAGAUCCUGACGGAGGAGGGCCACAUGUGGUGCGGGAUGGACAUAGCGCCGAGCAUGCUGGCGACGGCGCUGACGCGGGAGGUGGAGGGAGACCUGGUGCUGCAGGACAUCGGCGUGGGCGUGCCGUUCCGCGCGGGCACGUUCGACGCGGCGAUCAGUAUCUCGGCGAUCCAGUGGCUGUGCAACGCCGACACAUCGUACAACGACCCGCGGCGGCGGCUGAUGCGGUUCUUCAACACGCUGUUCGCGGCACUGAAGAAGGGCGGCAAGUUCGUGGCGCAGUUCUACCCGAAGACGGACGAGCAGGUGGAGCAGAUCCUGGGCGCGGCCAAGGUGGCCGGCUUCAGCGGCGGGCUGGUGAUUGACGACCCAGAGUCCAAGAAGAACAAGAAGUACUACCUGGUGCUGAGCGCGGGCGCCGCGCGCGACGAGGAGCAAGUCAACCUACAGGGCGUUACGAUGAACGCAGACCUGCUGCAGCAGCGCGCGCGCAAGCGCAAGGAGGCCGAGUCUCGGAAGGAGUACAUCAUGCGCAAGAAGGAUGUGAUGAAGAAGCGUGGCCGGAAGGUUGCGAAGGACUCGAAAUUCACCGGACGCAAGAGAAGGCCGCGCUUCUGA